AUGCACGAGACACAUACUAAUGAGGAAUAUCUCAAUUCGCGUGAAGGCCACCGACAACGAUAUCCAUCGACGAAUUCGUCAACACCGAAUUCAUCUGGCGGGGACAGACAAUUUCAUUUUUCGAAUACCAAUGAACGAUCAGGACAAAAUUCGAGAACGAGUUCAUUUGCUGAAUCGAUUACAGCAUCAAUUAAUACCGAAGGUUUUUCGAAUUUCAGUGAUAUAAUUCAACAUUUACAAACAGUCUGGCUCGAUCACAAUAAUCAUGAUAGCUCACGUCGACCUGCGAACUCGUCGUCAACAACGUCUACUCAUGCGCAUCAACAUCAUUCUAAAGGAUAUCCACAAUCAAAUUCAUCAUCUCAACAACAUUAUAAUCAUCAUCAAUUAAACCAACAUUCCGGACAGCAGUAUUGGAAUACUUACAAUAAUCCUCGUCGAUCGGGUAAUGGAAAUUAUACACGGAAUUAUAGUGGAGGAAACAAUGAUGUCUAUUGGAAUCCUAAACACAAUCGAUUCCCAUCGCAUCGUUCGAUGAAUAAUCUCAUGACAAAUGCCGUUAAUUACCAACAACAAUCCCAAUCUUCACCACCAACUCAACGUCGACAAGGCGAUCAGCAAUAUUACCACAAUGAACAACAGCAGCCAUCACAAUCGUAUUAUAAAAAAAACCGUUCUGAUCACGAUCGUCGGCAAAAUGGUUAUGCGAUGCAUCAGCAGCAACAUUCAGUCGAUCAUACCCGAAUCAUGAAUCGAUUCUUCAUCGGAAUUGAAGGCGGAGCAACUAAAACUGAAGGAGUGCUGAUCGAUGAAAAUGGGAAAGUUUAUGUGACACUACAAACAGGGCCCUCGAAUCCUUGGGUAAGCGGAUUUGAUAACGUAGCAAAGUUAUUGAAACAAUUGAUUGAUGACAUUCUCACAAAAGGCGAAACCGAUUGGAAUCAGAUUGUUAGCGUUGGUAUGGUGUUAAGCGGAGCAGGACAGCCAGAAUCUCAGACAAACGUACGACAACAACUUCGAUUGCUUAACGUUGACACGGACAAAGUUUCUGUUGGAGAAGAUUUAAUAGGACCAGUUCCGAAUGGUGGAGUAGUGAUCAUAUCUGGAACUGGUUCAAACUGUGUGGUUUACAAUGAAAAUGGAACGAAGAAACGAGCUGGAGGAUGGGGGCAUAUGUUGGGAGAUGAAGGAAGUGCAUAUUGGAUUGCACAUCGAGCAAUAAAACUUGUUUUCGACCAUGACGAUAAUAUCAACGUAUCACCUUACGAUUUGACAAAGUUAAAAGAUGAAAUCAAGGCGUACUUUCAAGUCGAAGAAAUGAGCGAACUCUUGAAUCAUUUCUAUAAGAAUUUUCACAAGGAUUUUGUUGCACGCUUUACUCAAGUUCUCUCUGAGUUGGCUUCCAAUGCAAAUGAUCAAGCAUGUAAAGCAUUAUUUGAAGAUGCAGGACAUGUCUUAGGUGCUCAUCUUCGAGCGAUUUCACCUUCAAUCGAAAAGAAACUCUAUGAACAAGGCAAAUUGCGUGUAGUCGUAGUUGGCUCUGUCUUCCGUAGUUGGAAACUAUUGAAGCCAGGUUUCAUUAACGGUUUAACAGAGAAGAAGACGUUGCCAUUCAAUCGAGUUGAACUAGUUCAAUUAACGGCAUCAGCCGCAAUAGGUAUGUUGAAUAAUUUACGUAUUUUCGUUUUAAUCUGUAUGUUGAUUAAUCGAAUAGGUGCUGCAAUUUGGGGCGCACGACGACAAGGUCAUUUACUAACAAACAUUAACUUCUCGAAAUGUUUUUCAAUACUUGAUACAAUUGAAUUAUCAAACUGA